AAGAGCGCGAUAGAUUGUAGUUAGCUAGUAGAUGUAGAGUAGUGAGUUCGAAUAUGCGCGAAGACAUCCCGCUGCUGUUGUCGCGAAAGGACUCGGGCCUCUCGCUACUCUUCGCUACCCUCUGCGUAGUCGAUAUUUUCGGUGUCUUUCCGAUCAUCGCCCUGCCAAGGGCCAUCGUUCAGUGCGGUUGGCUUGGAAUACCGCUGGUGUUCGUAGUUUUCGGUUUUCAAAUCUACACCGCAUCGCUGCUGGGUAAAUCAUGGAACAUCGCGAACGUCGUAGAUCCGUCGAUUUCUCGAAAAAAUCGCUAUCCACUGGCCGCCGUAACCGAACUGACUUUAGGCCGACGGGCAAGUAAAUGGGUUGCGAUAUUACUAGACUUGACUGUCUUCGCGGGCGGUGUACCGAACUUAUUGGUAGCGUCGUAUAAUUUGCAACUCUUCGGCCUGAAAGUAUCGCAGAUGCAAUUCAAUCUCUCCUUCUGCUACUGGCUGCUGGUGGUCGGGGUUCUGUUAUGCCCAGUCAUGUGGCUCGGAAGUCCACGAGACAUGAAGUGGGUAGUGACGAUUUCUGUCUGCGCUGUCUCCGCUACUGCUGUGCUCAUUUGGUGGUCCAUCGUACACGACCAAGAGCCGAUGAAUUACUCGCCGGUUCCGACCUCACCGUCGUGGGACACCUUCAUUUCUGGGUACGGCAUGUUGGCGUUCCAAUUCGACGUUCACCCAACCAUCAUGACGGUUCAAGUGGACAUGAAGAAGCCCAAAGACAUCAAUAAGGCCGUCAUUUUCUCCUUCAUGAUCAGCGGCACACUGUUCGCGGUGACGGCAGGCUUAGCCGUCUGGCGAUACGGCGGCAAUACGAGCACCAACAUUCUCCAGGUGAUGCCUCCGGGUAUUAUGGUCCAGACGGCCAUCCUCAUAUCUGCGGUGCAGCUCUGCUUGUCCAGUGCCAUCGGACACUCGGCGCUUUUCCAGCAUCUCGAAGAUCAGCUUCGAGUUGACUCUUCGUUCUCCUGGAAGCGAUGCGCCACGCGUUCGGCAAUCGUGUUUUUGGGGGUAGCAUUGGGCGAGUCAGUGCCGCGUUUCGACAUCGUAAUGUCGCUUAUCGGCGGUACUCUUGUCGGUCCCCUCGUCUUCGUUUUGCCGCCACUGAUGUACUCGAAAGCUCGAGCCCUUUGCAGCGCGAGUCUUCGUCGAACUUCUGCGCCAGAGUAUCUUUGCUCAGGACCCGAGAGACGAGCCGGACUUGCUGCUCGUGAACUUUUCGCUGAUCCGCGGGUUCAUUCUAGAUCCACGCAUUUCGGCUUCCGCUACGGCGACGAGGACAAAAAUGACGGCUAUUAUUUCACCUACUAUGAAGACGAAGAUCAAGUGGAGGUGAACCCGUACACCGAGAGUGUGGAGUGUGUAUUCAAUGACGAUAGCGGUGCGAGAAAAAAGCAGAGUGAUGACCUGGAACUAUCCAGAAGCGGAAGUCUACCCGUUAUGGCCGAUGCCAGUCGACCGUCUGUCAGACCGCCAAGAAGACAAGAGGCGUUGCAGAAUCCGAAUGCGAAUAGACCCAGAAACUUUUGUACAAAGCAAAGAAUUAUUGAUUGGUUUGGAUACUGUGUAGCAUUUACAGGAAUAUUGAUCACCGUCUCGUCAACUUACAUAAACAUCAGGAAUACGAUAAGAUAUGUUCAAUUUAUACCUCCGUGUAUCGUCAAUGCGACAGCCAACAUUCCAGAAUUGGGUUGAAUACUACUUUUGUUGUAAAUCACAUAUAGUUUUUAUCAUGCAUUUUUAUAAAUAUAUUCUUUAUAAUAUAAGAUUUUUAAGAUGAUAAUAAUAUAACAUUUUGAUAAUA